AUUAUUCCGCAAUGGCUGCGCUCGACCGCGGUUGACGCAGUUCGUGCUCAGCGAGAGAACAGGCCCGGUAGGAGCGUUAUAUCGGCGCUCUUUGGUCUUCAAAGUCUCCAAAAGCAACGAAGAAGCCAUGUACGAACCAGAAGAAGACGCCUUCCGGGAAGAUGAGUCGGAGGAGAUCACCCCCGACCUGUGGCAGGAGGCCUGCUGGAUCGUCAUCAGCGCCUACUUUGACGAGAAGGGCCUCGUGCGGCAGCAGCUGGACUCCUUUGACGAGUUCAUCCAGAUGUCGGUGCAGAGGAUCGUGGAGGACACCCCCCAGAUUGACCUGCAAGCAGAGGCCCAGCAUGCCUCUGGGGAGAUAGAGAAUCCGCCCCGCUACCUGCUCAAGUUUGAGCAGAUCUACCUGUCCAAGCCGACUCACUGGGAAAAGGACGGCGCCCCGAGCCCUAUGAUGCCCAACGAAGCUCGGCUGCGGAACCUGACGUACUCCGCUCCGCUGUACGUGGACAUCACCAAGACGGUGAUCAAGGAGGGCGAAGAGCCUGUGGAGACGCAGCACCAGAAGACCUUCAUCGGCAAGAUUCCCAUCAUGCUGCGCUCCACGUACUGCCUGCUCAACAGUCUGACGGACCGAGAUUUGAGCGAGCUGAACGAGUGCCCCUUGGACCCCGGGGGGUACUUUAUCAUCAACGGUUCAGAGAAGGUACUCAUAGCCCAGGAGAAGAUGGCCACCAACACCGUGUACGUCUUCCAAAUGAAGGACUCCAAGUUUGUGUUCAAGGCGGAGUGCCGGUCGUGCCUGGAGCACUCUUCACGACCCACCAGCACCCUUUGGGUGAACAUGCUGGCUCGCGGAGGACAGGGAGUGCGCAAGAGCGCUAUCGGCCAGAGGAUCAUCGCCAUCCUGCCGUACAUCAAGCAAGAGAUUCCCAUCAUGAUUGUGUUUCGGGCACUGGGCUUCGUGGCUGACCGAGAUAUCUUGGAGCACAUCAUCUACGACUUCGAAGACCCCGAGAUGAUGGAAAUGGUGAAGCCCUCCCUAGACGAGGCCUUCGUGAUUCAAGAGCAGAACGUGGCCCUCAACUUCAUCGGUGCUCGUGGGGCGCACCCCGGAGUGACCAAGGAGAGGCGCAUCAAGUAUUCGCGCGAGAUCCUCCAGAAGGAGAUGCUACCCCACGUGGGAGUGAGCGACUUCUGUGAGACAAAGAAGGCCUACUACCUGGGGUACAUGGUGCACCGGCUGCUCCUGGCAGCCCUGGGCCGCAGGGAGCUGGACGACCGGGAUCACUACGGGAACAAGAGGCUAGAUCUUGCAGGACCCCUCAUGGCCUUCCUCUUCAGGGGGCUGUUCCGCAACCUGACCAAGGAAGUGCGCAUGUACGCCCAGAAGUUCAUUGACCGGGGCAAGGACUUCAACCUAGAGCUGGCCAUCAAGACGCGCAUCAUCACCGACGGCCUGCGCUACUCCCUCGCCACAGGCAACUGGGGAGACCAGAAGAAGGCUCACCAGGCACGUGCCGGCGUAUCCCAGGUCCUGAACCGGCUGACCUACGCGUCCACCCUCUCCCACCUCCGCCGCGUCAACUCGCCCAUCGGACGCGACGGCAAACUGGCCAAGCCGCGCCAGCUUCAUAACACCCUGUGGGGCAUGAUCUGCCCCGCCGAGACUCCCGAGGGCCACGCUGUGGGGCUCGUCAAGAACCUCGCCCUCAUGUCCUACAUCUCGGUCGGCUCCCAGCCGUCUCCCAUCCUCGAGUUCUUGGAAGAGUGGAGCAUGGAGAAUUUGGAGGAGAUUGCGCCGUCCGCCAUCGCGGAGGCCACCAAGAUUUUUGUCAACGGCUGCUGGGUCGGGAUACACCGUGACCCGGACCAGCUGAUGAACACUCUCCGCAAGCUUCGACGCCAGAUGGACAUCAUCGUGUCGGAGGUGUCCAUGGUUCGCGACAUCCGGGACCGGGAGAUCCGGAUCUAUACGGAUGCGGGACGCAUCUGUCGGCCACUGCUCAUCGUCGAAGACCAGAAGCUGCUGCUCAAGCGGCGCCACAUCGACAGCCUCAAGGAACGCGAGUACAACAACUACAGCUGGCAGGACUUGGUCGCCAGCGGGGUUGUGGAGUACAUCGACACCCUAGAGGAAGAGACUGUGAUGCUCUCGAUGACGCCGGAUGACCUCCAGGACAAGGGAUUUGCGUACUGUUCGACAUACACCCACUGUGAGAUCCACCCGUCCAUGAUCCUGGGCGUGUGCGCAUCCAUCAUUCCGUUCCCGGACCACAACCAGAGUCCCCGUAACACUUACCAGUCUGCUAUGGGCAAGCAGGCCAUGGGUAUCUACAUCACCAACUUCCAUGUACGCAUGGACACGCUGGCCCACGUGCUGUACUACCCACACAAGCCGCUCACCACCACACGGUCCAUGGAGUACCUCCGGUUUAGGGAGCUGCCCGCAGGGAUCAACUCCAUCGUGGCUAUCAUGUCGUAUACGGGGUACAACCAGGAGGACUCUAUCAUUGUAAACGCAUCGGCCGUGGACAGGGGCUUUUUUAGGUCCGUGUUCUACCGGUCGUACAAGGACUCGGAGUGCAAGCGGGUCGGCGACCAGGAAGAGCAGUUUGAAAAACCGACCCGGGAGACAUGCCAAGGCAUGCGCAACGCCAUCUACGACAAGCUGGACGACGACGGCAUCAUCGCCCCGGGCACCAGGGUGUCCGGAGACGACGUCAUCAUUGGGAAGACUAUCACGCUGCCGGAAAACGACGAUGACCUGGAGAGCACCAACCGCCGGUUCACCAAACGGGAUGCCAGCACCUUCCUCCGGAACAGCGAGACCGGCAUCGUGGACCAGGUGAUGCUGACGGUGAACGCGGAGGGCUACAAGUUCUGCAAGAUCCGGGUGCGCUCGGUGCGCAUCCCGCAGAUCGGGGACAAGUUUGCCAGCCGGCACGGCCAAAAGGGCACCUGCGGCAUCACCUACCGCCAAGAGGACAUGCCGUUCACGGCAGACGGCCUCACACCGGACAUCAUCAUCAACCCCCAUGCCAUCCCGUCCCGAAUGACGGUGGGCCAUCUGAUCGAGUGCCUUCAGGGCAAGGUCUCGGCCAACAAGGGGGAGAUUGGCGACGCCACCCCAUUCAACGACUCCGUCAACGUGCAGAAGAUCUCCAACCUGCUCCAAGAGUAUGGCUACCACCUGCGUGGAAAUGAGGUGAUGUACAACGGGCACACGGGACGCAAGGUGAAUGCCCAGAUCUUCCUCGGCCCCACCUACUACCAGCGGCUGAAGCACAUGGUGGAUGACAAGAUCCACUCCAGGGCUCGAGGUCCCGUGCAGAUCCUGGUCCGGCAACCCAUGGAGGGCAGGGCCAGGGACGGCGGCCUCCGGUUCGGUGAGAUGGAGCGGGACUGCCAGAUCUCUCACGGCGCAGCCCAGUUUUUACGCGAGCGGCUGUUCGAGGUGUCGGACCCGUACCGGGCCCACAUCUGCAACCUGUGUGGUCUGCUGGCCAUCGCCAACCUGCGCAACAACACCUUCGAGUGCAAGGGCUGCCGCAACAAGACCCAGAUCUCUCAGAUCCGCCUCCCGUAUGCCUGCAAGCUUCUUUUCCAGGAGCUCAUGUCCAUGUCUAUAGCACCCCGUAUGAUGGUCCUGUGAGGUGUCUCACAAAUAAAAGCAAUCUUCCCUUCUGC